UCCACUUAUCGUCCCGUGACCCCGUGCCGCGUCGCGCUUCCAAGCCACCCCGUCUAGUAUAGGCAGGCAGCAAUUUGACGGCGAGCCUCACGUACCUACCUUAUCCAGGACACUCAGUUAAUGCUGAUACCACUCUGCCAAACCUCGCAUUUCUGACUCGCAAUCGCGGGUCCGAAGCCAGAUAUCGCACCAGACUGUUGGCGGCCUUGAUUCGUUUGCAUCCGCCACCCAUCGCAAUAGCUUGCUUCAGAAUGCCACCCAAACCCAAGAAGUUCUACGGUGUCCGAGUCGGCAUCGAGCCUGGUGUUUACGAGUCGUGGGAAGAAUGCCAAAAGGUGAUCGCCGUUAGUGGUGCUGUCCACAAGAGCUUCCUCUCGCGCGAUGAAGCAGCAGCAUGGGUGAAUGGUGCGCCUGCGGCCCCCGGUAAAAUCACUCGGUUCUAUGCGGUGGCUCGGGGACACAAGCCCGGUGUAUACACAGAUUGGGACAGCGCGCAGAUGCAAACGACUGGGUUCACGAGACCAGUCUUUCGAAAGUUCGACACGCGUGCUGAGGCGGAGGAUUACCUCGGGGCCUACCCAGCUGGAUCCAACCAAGCUCCGUCUGCUAAAUCUCAGCCCACACGCAAACGUGGGCUUGAGAUCGAUGAGGAGGAGGAGGAGGUUGUGCUAUCCAGGAAAAAGUCAAAGGCGCCCAGCACUGACGGUAAGAUAACGAUGGUAUACACAGACGGCGCGGCGCCUGGUAACGGAAAAGCAGGCGCUUGCGGCGGAGUUGGUGUUUGGUUCGGUGCAGACGACCCACGCAACGUCUCGGAGCGCCUCGCCGGCCCACUACAAACGAAUCAGCGUGCAGAGCUCACAGCCAUCCUUCGAGCUCUUCAGCUCGUCGACCUUGAUUCGCCCAUCGAAAUUCGUACUGAUAGCCAGUAUUCAAUCGACUGCGUCACCAAGUGGUAUGUCUCUUGGGUGAAGAAAGGGUGGAAAACAGCAGGUGGUACCCCUGUCAAAAACGCCGACCUGGUCAAAGCUAUCCGGGACCUGAUGGAGGAUCGGGAGGCAAAGGGGACCAUUACCAUCUUGACCAAAGUUGUUGGACACUCUGGGGAUUAUGGCAAUGAUCAAGCCGACAGGCUGGCUGUUCUGGGAGCCCAACUGCCAGCCCUCGACGAAAAGGGCCUUGGGGAAUGAAUGCAUCCAUCAUGCGCGAGACCACAGUUGCCUGCCAAAGUACUGUCGGAAGGGUUUGCGUACGGCCGAUCAUCUUCUCCACCUUGUUCUCCAACGGCGCGUGGGCGGGCAAGUCAUGCUUGACGUUGUGCAUGCCGCGUCGAGCAUCUAGGGUGGGAUCCCGUCGACGUACCUCCUCCGUGACGCCAGGUUCACGGAGGGUAACAUACAGUGCUGCAAGUCCAAGAGCUCCCAGACCGGCAUAGCUAUCACACAUCAGCAUCGCCACAAUCACCUUUCCACAGAACACCCGACUUACAUUACGUUAUUAUCUGGAUAACCCAUCUCCUUGUCGACUCUCUUGAUGGUCGCCUUGCUGGUAUGCAUCACAUCGCCCAUCUUGUCCUUUACCUGCCCUACCGUCUCCUGGGCCGACAUGAUAGUCUCGUCCAUAUCGAACCCGCGACCCGUGUACGCGCCUCCCGAAAUGCUGGAAGCACUCAAACCUGAGGACUCGAGGGAGGGAGGGCUCGUCGACGGGGAGGCCUGUUGCGAGGUCGGGUAGUCGAAGACGAGAUCAAUGUCGUCGACUGGAGCUCCGCCACGAGGGUCAUUGAUGUUGGAUCGCGAGGAUGGAGAGGUUGCGGUAGCCAACCGGGCGGGGGUGGAGGAAACAUAGCGAGCCGAUGAGGAUCGGUAGAAGGUUCGCAGAACUUGAGGCUUGGGAAUUGGCAUUUUGGUUCGUUUUGCAGAUCUGAUUUGAGAAUGAGCCUGAUUUGAGUAAGUAGCUACCACGACAGGAUGGUGUGGUGACAGAAGGAAAGUCAACGUCAAGAGGCUGCCGGGAGAGAACUGGCAAAAUUAUACAUCUGUGGACGCUUUGACUCGGCGCGUUGUUACGGUGCUGUGACGUAUCGUCAGCGUCAAAGUGGAGGUGCUGGCCGUCAGAAACACUCGGGUCAUGUCCUUAUCGCAUGAUCAGAUCGGAUCACCCGAGAGACCGUGUGCCUCCCUUUCACUCUCCGACGUCAGUGUCCAUUUGAAAUUGCCAGUAACCAGCGCUGUCAUUGAUCAAGCCACCACAAACAUCAAAAUCAAUGGCGAACGGCCGUGUCUAAUGCCUGCCAAUGAAGGCAUGUCCGUCUCUAUUCUUGUCUAGCGGGGAAGACGAUAAAAUUAAGACCCAGGUUCGGGCAACUUUUGUCCUCCGGGGACCAAUCUCUGGAAAACAUGGGUUGGGUCAUAAGCGGCUUGUACCUCGUAGAGGAAGGCGACAUUCUCUGGACCAUAGCUUGCGAUAGCAGGUUGAUCCCAGCCAGAGUAUGUUAACAUGCUGGGAGAGGUUUCGCGAUUUGGCAAGAUCAAUCAUGGACUGAACAAACUCUGCAUGGGCGGGGAGAAUUUCGGCCGUGUCAUCCAUGCUGUCCAUUGUCAAACCAAAGUACAGCACUGCCACAAGUCAGCAUUACCACAUCUGAAUAUUCGUCGAAGCAGGAGCCAGGUCAUACCUCCCAAAGUUUGAUUAUUGGUCAGAUUGUCAUUCAGCCCCAAGACAUUUGAGCUUUUCGAAUAGCUGGCCACCAGCGAGUUCUGAGUGAUGGGCAUCACAACAUGCAGGCCAUAAAGCCCAGGGAUGUGUUGCCAUUGUUGGAGCCAGCUGUGAUAUGCGGCCCACACGUCGCGAUACAAGUCGGCAUCGGCAUAGACAGUGAAGACACGCUGCUCUUGGACUUGACGAUCGGGGAAACCGUCAUGAAGUUCAAACGCUAGAUCGGCGUAUGGUCUCUUCUUCAACGUGCUCUGGGUGUAUGGUGUGUCGACCCAUCCGCGCAUGAUCUCUGGCAGCUCGUCAACAGCCCGAUUGUAAAUUACUGGGCAAAAUGCGAUGGUUUCGUUUGACGUCCCAUUGUAGCCAUACUGAGGUAGAACGUGGGUGAGAGUAUCCUCGACGGCUUGGCGGGUGUGGUAGUCGUAAAUUUGGUCCGUCACUUGGGGAAUUGAAGACUCCGGAUAGUACUGGCAGAGCGUUAUUAGGGUCACUGGACAUGAAAAGCGUCAAGUUUUC